CUGGACGGUGAAGGGACUUCCAAAAACAGGCAAAUUAGCGAGGGAGAGAUUCGCUGUUAUUCUGGGUUCGACAAGGAGGCGGAAUUGCGGAGGAAUUGCUUCCCCACUCCCUUUGUUGAAGGGUUCCUGCGCCUGCUUGCCAGGAGAAGGAGCUCCAUAAGGGAUGACAUUCCUCAUUCAGCAGCAUCAAACCUUGAGAGUUUGUGCGUGUACUGUUUAAGUUGCUAUCCCCGGAGAACCAAGCUUACGUGUGUGUAUGUGUGUGUAUGUGUGUGUGUUGAUGAGUUGAUAGUGACCUGUGACGCGUUAUCCGGGUAGCGAAGUGUGAGCGACAAGUGGAAGGUGUGGACUUUGCCUAGGAAGAGCAGAAUUUGAGUGGAGGUCGUUGGUGGGGUUGCUUGCCGGCUGUCGGUAUUGUAAACGCUGUGCCAGCGUUGGAAAGGAUUCUCGUGUGUGUGCUGCGUGUGCUAGCCACUUUGGAGCACUCCGGGUUCUUCUGGUCUUGUUUGGAUAAUAUCGUUUCGUGAGAAGUGAUCGAUCUGCUUUUUGUGUCCAGAGUUUUGUCGAAGGAGGGUGUGUAGGGAGCUCGGAAUUCGUUGUUCGCAUGCAUCGUUGGGUUGAAAUUGUGAGAAUGGUCUUCUUAAGGAAGUAGGCUUUAGAUUGCGAGCAUCGCGUUUCGAUUGAGAGCCAUUCCGUGAAUACUUGAGUGAGAGAAGCAAAAACCAAAAGAAGAAAGAAAGAGUUUGAGGAAGAGUUAGAAAGAAAUUGUGAUUUCUGCGUGUUGGUCUUAAAUUGAGUUGUGGCAGGGCGCUUUCUUGAGUGGCGAAGUCCUUGCUGCUGAACCCAUUCUUUAUACAAAAGAGGGCCCUUGGAAACGGAUCGGGGGAGUUUUUCCGUGACGAGGAUACCACGCAUUUUCUCUUGGUUUCUUUCAUGGUCCAGAUAAAUUGACUUAAUCUGAAAUCGUAUUUGCUGUGGACUGACCCUUGUGAGUUAGGCAUCACUGGGUUGACCUUCUCUUUCGAGCUGGAUAAUCCAAAGAACGAACCUAAGGAUGCUGGCAGCAAUGCCCAUGCGGAACUGUGGAUCUGCGAAACGUAGUCUCUAAAGAACCUAGAGGUUCAAGUAUUUAGUGGUGAGAGGGUAGGAAUGUCCAGCAUCGGGUUCACCUGUAUGGGUACCUAUGAGCCAUAGUCGAGGGCUGAAAGCGCUUCUACCGACAUAUGCAUUUAAAUUGAGAAUUAUUGAGUGGAAAAAAGUGCAAAGCCUAUCCGAUUAACCUUCAGUUUUAUCUACAUUGAAAUACCCAGCAUCAGAGAGUAUCACUUGGUUCCAGUGGGAAUGCGAUGUUAAAAUUUCAACAAACUUGCUACCCUGCAGUUUAGCACGAACUCCCCUCUUACAUGACAUCAACUAGUCGGAAAGUCAGAGAGUGCGACUCCAGAGUUUCAGGGUUGUAGAGUUUUGCUGAAAGGUGCCUGUACAACUCGAAAAAUGUUUACGAUGCUUCACAGGACAACUUCAAGCAAAACUUCGCGCACCGAGAUUCUCAUGAGGUUUAUUCCCCGGGCGGACGUUUCUUCCCAAAUAUGGAGGGGCAGAAUGUUUAUUAUGAUCAUUCUACCUGGUACAAUCACCUGAAAAAGUAGAAUUCCCCACAUAUAGUUUUAACAAAAUCAAUCCGCAGUCAAUUUCCCACCCGAAGAAACUGAAGACAAUCUCAGAUCACGGCCAACAAAACACUGGACGUUGUGAGGCUGGUCUGAGCGUAGUGCUCGUGCGAUCUCUGCUAUUCUGGUACACAAAAGCGGCAUGCCGGAAUGGGUGGACCCUUGUGGGCAUGAGAGAUGCAAUUCAUGUGCGGGUUUGGAUGGCCCAGAAAAUGGGCCGUUACCAACCUCUCAUGCAGAGGUCUGCUGCCUCUAUAAAUUUGCUCGGCAAUGGCCGUCUCCUUCAAUGCUGGAGGCUCGUGAUGGACUCUGUGACAGCUGCCCAUGGAACUUGAAGGUUCAGCAGCAGGCAAUGGUUCCAGAACUAGCAGCCAGUACAAUUCAUCAGCCACCUCAGGGAAUCAGCGAUGCACAAGGAGGCAUCAUUCCCAAGUUGGAAGAAGGAGCCACGACGCCUACUUCGCGACCAGCACGGCCCACAUUAAAAAAGCUUCAACCGCGGCUCCGAGUUGGACACAAGAAAAAAAAUAUCGAAAUACGGCCACCUAGAUUCAAGUCUAAACUUUGGUUUGGAUCUUAUUCAGAUGAGGAGCUAAAUCUAGCGUUGGAUGCUGUGAAUUACUACACGGGAUCCAACCUGCCCUUCCACUACCCCGAAUCUCGACUGAUAUUUGCUGCGAGACCCCUCGAGGGGAUCAAGUUUGAAGAUGUGGACCCUGCGUGUGAUCAAUAUGUCCAAGUUGGAGACGAACAUGAACUGAAAUACAAGAAUUUCGCCCAUCAGGUCAAGAAGGUAAUCCACUCUGUCUUGGGCAAACAGAAGAAAAAUCCGAAGAGAUCCCAGAGAAAGAAUCCACAAACCAACAGAUGUGGGGUGUUUGCGACGUCUCCGGCAUCUGGUUCGGCUUCAUCGGCUGUGCCUUGCACUUCAGGCGUGUCCAUUUCAUCUGAAACGGUUCGGGACAAAGCCCAUGGUUCCAACACUGAAGCAAGUUCAGGCUUCAGCCCACCUCCGUUGUUCUCAUACAUAACUCCCCCUGGAAUGCAUUUGCAUGAAGAAGAGGUUUCCAUCACCGAGUUAAUCAUAAUAUUUGGUUGGGAUAAAGUGUUCACUCCAGAAGAGCUUAUGUAUUUCAACCCUUCUUCAGUGGCCUCUUCCUCGUUCAGAGGAAAAUAAUAGUUUCAAGGGAAUAAUCGCUUCCUCCAUGCACACGGUGCAAACCAGGGAAAUAAAAAGCUCAUAGAGACUGAAUGACUAUCGCCCCAACCGACGGGUUCCAAUCCAGUCCAGUGCAGAUGUGGUAGGCAAGCACUGUGAGGACCCAACCAACUUUUAGUUGAGACUAGUGGCAGAAGAAUUGUAGAAAAUAACUGUCAGGGGAGGGUGUGCCAAUCUCCACUAUCACUGCAGAAUCAGUUACAAUUUUUAGCAACAUCCGUUGCAGGAUUUAUCCAGCAUCCAACUUCUAGUUAAUCGACAACGUCGGCCGACUAGACUAUUUGUUCUGGUUCCUUUCCAUUGUGUCCUAGCACUACUACUGUAGUUAAUAACUCUUGAAGUAUUUGUUCUUGUUCCUUUCCAUUGUGUCCUAGUGCUACUACUGUAGUUAAUAACUCUCGAAGUAAAUCUUCUAUGUGCAACCACUAGUGAAACUAUUGUAGCGCCCUUGCCUAAGUUUGAUUUUAACUUUGUUUCCUUAGUCCCACCCCAACUCCUAGUCUCAGAGCAAGUCCUUGACUUCUUUCUUACACUUCAUUUUGACUCCCUAGUCCUACAAGGUCUUAUUCUUCAUUUUUUCUACCUCAAGUUUCUAAUCACCACUUUUUUAGACUAGCUUGUUGCAAAUGUCUUCUAUGAUCUACCUAGCAUUGUAUUCAUUCUCAAACUCUUAUAAAGCUUUGGCAAUUGCCAUUUGGACCUUAA